UGUAUGUGAAGCUCAAAUGGUGUGCGAAGAAAUCGCAACGCUAGAUAGUAAGAUAUAGGCAACAAAAUUAAGAAGGAUUUAGCAAUUGGCAUCCAAGUCGUAGCCAUGUCAUUCAGACUUCUAACAGCAAUCUUAGCCUACUUUCUAGCUCACAUCGCAGCUGGUGCGGCAGCUUCCAACGAUGUUGCGUUCAUCUAUCAAGGAUUUCAAUCAUCACAUCUAAGCCUGUAUGGAUUAGCUAAAGUCACCAAAAAUGGCCUCCUGCAGAUAACCAACACCACCAAAUUACAGACGGGGCAUGCCUUCUAUCCUCAUCCGAUCAAUUUCAAGAGCACAUCUAAUAGUUCAGCUUUCUCCUUUUCCACCCAAUUUGUGUUUGCUAUGGUACCUGAAGUCUCAGGCGUGCCUAGUCCGGGAAUGGCUUUCGUUAUUGCACCAACAAGAAUCCUUACACGGGGGCCUUCCACAAAUUUCAUUGGGCUCUACGAUGGUAGCACCACUGGAAGUGGAACAAAUCACUUUUUUGCAGUGGAGCUUGACACUUUCCAAGACCGUGAAUUUGCAGAUAUCAAUGACAACCAUAUCGGCAUUGAUAUUAACUCUGUGAAUUCCACGGUGUCCCGGCCAGCAAGUUACCAAUCUAACAACAGGAAUUCAUUUGACAACUUAACUCUUACCAGCGGCCAACGGAUGCAACUCUGGGUGGAAUACGAUGGGGUGGAUGGGAGAAUCGAUGUUACAUUAGCUCCAAUAGCUGCUGCUAAACCAAAUACUCCUCUUUUGUCUUUGCCAUAUGACCUUUCGCCAAUUUUACAGCAAACCAUGUAUGUUGGCUUUUCUGCAUCCAGUAGUCCACUCGACAUAGGGUUAACUUGUUUUGUACUGGGAUGGAGCUUCAAGAUGAAUGGUGAUGCGCAAGCGCUUGAUAUCUCUCGGCUGCCCAAGCUACCUCGGUCUGGACCUAAGAAAGUUUCUAAAUUUUUAAUCGUGGGAUUGCCCCUGCUUUCCUUACUUUUGCUGUUCAUUAUAGCUUUUGGUGUAGCUUAUUAUUUAAGGAGGAAGUGGAAGUUUGCAGAAGUGCUGGAAGAAUGGGAACUUGCCUAUGGGCCUCACAGGUUCAAGUACAAAGAUUUAUACAUUGCCACCAAGGGGUUUACAGAAAAACAGCUGUUAGGGGAAGGCGGAUUUGGCCGGGUCUACAAAGGGGUUUUGCCAACAAACAUGGUUGAGGUUGCUGUCAAGAAGGUCUCUCAUCAAGCAAGACAGGGAAUGAGAGAAUUUGUUGCAGAAAUUGUCAGUAUUGGUCGCUUACGCCAUAGAAAUUUAGUACCGUUCUUGGGUUAUUGUCGGCGUGAAGGAGAGUUACUUUUGGUAUAUGAGUUCAUGUCCAAUGGUAGUCUGGACAGGUUUUUGUACAACCAACCAAAGUACACUCUUAUCUGGAGCCAAAGAUUUCGAGUCAUCAAAGGUGUAGCAUUAGGAUUACUCUAUCUACACGAAGAAUGGGAGCAAGUAGUGAUCCACCGAGACGUAAAAGCCAGUAAUGUGUUGCUAGAUUGUGAACUGAAUGGAAGACUAGGAGAUUUCGGCCUGGCAAGGUUAUAUGAUCAUGGAACUCUCCCUCAAAGCACCCAUGUAGCGGGAUCUCUUGGCUACCUUGCCCCUGAGCAUAAUAGGACUGGGAGGGCCACAACGAGCACUGAUGUAUAUGCUUUUGGGGCCUUUUUGCUAGAGGUUGCCUGUGGAAGAAGGCCAAUAGAACCCCGAGUAGCCCCAGCAGAGAAUGUCAUUUUGGUUGAUUGGGUAUUUUCGUUCUGGAAAUCAGGCGAUAUUCUCCAGGCGGUUGAUCAAAACUUGGGUACUGAGUAUGUGAAAGAGGAAGCAGAGCUGGUGCUGAAACUGGGCUUGUUAUGCUCUCAUUCAGAACCCAAACUUAGACCAAGUAUGAGGCAAGUUCUGUUGUACUUGGAGGGAUCAGCUAGCCUGCCAGAUUUAUCAUUAUUGGCCACGGGCAUUUCUGCUGUUGGUCUUGGCUUUGCCUAUCCUAGUGGUUUUGAAGAUAUUACAUCAUCAUUUGCAUCUUCCACAGACAAAUGUUUUUCACAUUCUGUAGCAGACUCUCUUCUCUCCGGUGGUAGGUGAGUAAGAAGCAUAUCUUUCUGCUGUGUUAAGUUUGAAAAGAAGAAAAAAUAAGGGAAAAAGAAAAAAGAAAAAAGCUUCUAUUCCUGUGAUUAUUUUGUUAGGUGGCUUUAUUAGUGUGGUUUUAUGUAUUAAAUCUUUCGAAUUUGCAAUGUGUUGGUAGUCUAAGUUUCUGUACUUCUUUCCUUGUUUAUAUUGUCUGUUUUUCAGUUUUCUUCAUGAGUUGUCAAAAGGAUGAACACAUGGCAGCUAUGCAUAAGGUUAAUAUAUUGAAA